AUGCCGGUCAUCACAUAUCGGGACGCCGUUUCUACCGCACUGCGCGAAGCCCUCGACGAAGACGAGCGCGUUUUCCUGAUGGGAGAGGACAUCGGCCCAUACGGCGGCGCUUUCGCCGUUACGAAAGGGUUUUGGGAGCAGUACGGAGCACGCCGCAUCAAGGAUUCACCCUUGGCUGAGUCGGUAAUCGUGGGCGCCGGCGUGGGGGCGGCGAUGGCUGGCCUCCGCCCGGUGGUCGAACUGAUGACCAUCAACUUCAGCCUGCUGGCCAUGGACCAGAUCGUCAACCACGCCGCCAAAAUCCGCACUCGAGGCGAGGCCCCCGAAACCGGCGAUUUCCGCAUUCCCAUCGGCCAGGCAGACUUGCGGCGCACCGGCAAGGACAUCACCAUCUGCGGAUACUCCCGCAUGGCCCUCGUCGCGGAACAGGCCGCCGAGCUGCUGGCUCAGGAUGGCAUCGAAGCCGAUGUCAUCGAUCUGCGCUGCCUCCGCCCGCUGGACAUGGAAACCCUGGUCAACUCGGUGAAAAAGACCCACCACGCCCUGAUGGUGGAAGAAACCACCCGCCUGGGCGGAUUUGCCGGCGAGUUGGUGUCGCAAAUUCAGGAACAAGCCUUCGACUAUCUGGACGCGCCGGUAGGCCGCAUCGCCGGCGCCGAAGUCCCCAUGCCCUACUCGUUCCCGCUGGAGCAGCUCGCGAUACCGGAUGCCCAACGCGUGGCUGCCGCUGCCCGCAAGGAGGACUCCGUGGCUACCAACAUUGUGAUGCCGCAAAUGGGCUACGAUAUGCGGGAAGGCACCGUCGUUCGCUGGUACAAACAGGAAGGCGAAACGGUGGACCGGGGCGAAGUCAUUGCCGACAUCGAAACCGACAAGGCCACGGUGGAGUUUGAAGCCUACGCUGGUGGUGUCCUGGGCCGAAUCGUAGCCGAGGCCGGUGUCGCCGUGCCCGUGGGCAACCUCAUCGCCAUCAUCACCCAGCCGGGAGAGGUUGUCCCUGACGCGCCGGAGCCGGCCGCGCCGGCUGCUGAACCCGCCCCGGCCGCAGCGCCUGCUCCCGCUCCUGCGGCAGUUCCCCCAACGUCCGCCCCCGCUCCGUCAGCAGAUGGCGAGGUGCGCGCUUCCCCCAUCGCCCGCCGUUUGGCCCGCGAACAGGGUAUCGACCUGUCCCUCUUGUCCGGGACCGGCCCCAACGGGCGCAUCGUAGAAUCAGACGUGCUCAACUACCAACCCGCCCCGGCGGUCGCGGCCCCAGCAGCGGCGGUCGCCGCCGCGCCGGCCGACUCUCGCAUCGAACUUACCCGGAUGCGUCAGACCAUCGCCCGGGUUACCGCGGACAGCAAGGCCACCGCGCCCCAUUUCUACGUAACCGCGGAAAUCGACAUGGGCAAGGCAAUGGCCCUGCGCCGCGACGUGAACGAUGCCGCUGACCCCGACAAUCGCGUGUCGGUCAAUGACCUCAUGGUCAAAGCGUGUGCCCUGGCUCUGGCCCAGCACCCCAAGUUCAACUCAUUCUUCCGUGGCGACCACCUGGAAGUCCACGGCGCUAUGAACAUCGGCAUCGCCAUUGCACUGGACACCGGGUUGAUCCUGCCCGGCAUCAGCAACUGCGAGAGCAAGAGCCUGCUGCAAAUCGCCACUGCCACCAAAGACCUCAUCGACCGCGCCAACAACGGCACGCUGCGCAACGACGAAUACAGCGGCACCACGUUCAGCAUCAGCAAUAUGGGUAUGUUCGACGUGGAGAGUUUCACCGCCAUCAUCUAUCCGCCCCACGCGGCCAUCCUCGCUGUGGGCAGCGUCAAGGAGCAGCCGGUCGUUCGCGGCGGCGAGCUCGCAGUUGGUCAGAUGAUGAAAGCCACCCUCUCUACCGACCACCGUGUCGCCGACGGCGCGGAGGCAGCCGUGUUCCUCAUGGAGAUCAAACGGGUACUGGAAAACCCGGUCGCUCUCCUUUUGUAA